CGGACCCGGCAGAGACCAGCUGAGCGCGGCUGCAGCAGCGAGCGGGGAUGAAGGAGCCGGAGCCGGGUGCGGGCUCCUCCCCGCGGCGCUUCACCUGGGAGGAGAUCGGGCUCCGCACGGGCCGGGGGCACCCGCAGCAGGAGCGGUGGCUGGUGAUCGACAGGAAGGUCUAUGACAUCAGCCAGUUCUACCGGCGGCACCCGGGGGGCGCCCGAGUCAUCAGUCACUACGCGGGGCAGGACGCCACGGAUCCCUUCACAGCAUUCCACCUUGACAAGGCUCUGGUGAGAAAGUACAUGAAGUCACUGUUGAUUGGGGAACUGGCACCAGAUCAACCUAGCUUUGAGCCCAGCAAAAACAAAUUGCUGCUAGAGGACUUCCGCGAGCUGCGCACCACCGUCGAGAGGAUGGGACUCCUCAACCCAAGCCACCUCUUCUUCUUCCUGCUUCUCCUGCACAUUCUGCUGCUGGAUGCUGCCGCGUGGCUCACCAUCUGGUACUUUGGGUCAUCCUUGCUGCCUUUCCUCUUCUCUGCACUGCUGCUAGGCACCGUCCAGGCCCAGGCUGGGUGGCUUCAGCAUGAUUUUGGGCACCUCUCGGUGUUCAGCAAAUCCAAAUGGAACCACUUGGUUCACAAGUUUGUGAUUGGCCAUCUGAAGGGUGCGCCAGCCAGCUGGUGGAAUCACCUGCACUUCCAGCACCAUGCCAAACCCAACUGUUUCUGCAAGGACCCUGAUGUUAACAUGCACCCCUUAUUUUUUGCUUUGGGAAAGACGUUGUCUGUGGAGCUCGGGAAGAAGAAGAAGAAGUUCAUGCCUUACAACCACCAGCACAAGUACUUCUUCAUCAUUGGACCCCCAGCCCUGGUGCCUCUCUACUUCCAGUGGUACAUAUUCUACUUCGCAGUGCAGCGCAGACAGUGGGUGGACCUGGUCUGGAUGCUGACCUUCUACGUCCGAUUCUUCCUCACCUACUUGCCAUUACUGGGGGCGAAAGGGCUCCUGGGGCUCUUUCUUCUGGUCAGGUUCAUAGAGAGUAACUGGUUUGUCUGGGUGACGCAAAUGAACCACAUCCCCAUGCACAUCGAUUAUGAUAAGAACGUGGACUGGUUCACUACUCAGCUCCAGGCAACAUGUAAUGUUCACCAGUCUCUGUUCAAUGACUGGUUUAGCGGGCACCUGAAUUUCCAGAUCGAACACCACCUUUUCCCCACAAUGCCUCGACACAACUACUGGAAGGUGGCCCCCCUGGUGAAGUCCCUGUGUGCCAAGCAUGGCGUCGAGUACCAGUCCAAGCCCUUGUUCACUGCCUUUGCAGACAUUGUGCAGUAGCUCUCUGAAGGAUUCGGGGGAGCUCUGGCUCAAUGCCUAUCUACAUAAAUAAGCAGCAGCACUCCAAAUAGAGGUAUUCUCCACCCUUGCUGCCUCCCAGGGUGGUCACCAUGAAGACAAAGAGAGCCAGCUGAGCCAGGGGUGUGGAGCUGGGCAAGCUUAAUUCCACUAAUGAGUGUGGGGUUUUUUAAGAUGUUUGUUUUUCAAUCCUUCUCAUGCUUCUCCUGCUCUUCCUUUUUGGGACUGAAUAAUAGAGAGGAUCAGAAUGGAGGAGACCACCCGCUAGGAAGGAGGAGGCGCCUGUAGGUCUGGGAACGAAUGCCUUUCUUUCUAGUGACAUUUCACUUGCUGUGUCUGUAGGAGAGAAAUCUUUUAUCUAACACAGAUAUUUCUGAAACACCUGGCAGCUUGUUUUCUAACCCUUGUUCUGCUCCUUCCCCAUGUGAAAGAAUCAAGGAAGCUGGGGCAGUCUGAGAGCACUGAAGAUAGAAGUUGGGGUGGUGGGAAGAGGGAACAAUAAGGAGAAAUGUAAGUGUGGGAAAGAGAAGAAACUGUGUAGGGGCUAUGUUGUUAAACAUCAUUGUGCGUUUAAACCGUGUGCCCAAACUUUGAGGCAGUGGGGUAGAGAAGAAAGGCCAAAGCACCAGGCAGGGGCUUAGACUACUUUGCAGGAUGAAUGUGAGAAGAGAGACCAAACUGCAGUGCAGGCACAGGUGAGAUGCUAGAGCUGUUUCCUAGAGGUGGGGUGUUUAGCUUGCUGUGCCCAAUGAGAAUGCUGCUACAUAUAUUCCAUAUAUUGAGUGCUUUAUUUUUUUUUUGUAGAGGUAGGAUGGUGAGCCCCUGGAUCUCUGGGUUAAUUAUCAUAUUGCAACUUCCAGUGGAGAUGGCAUGAGUAGCUUCCACAGUGCCAUACCCUAAAAGUGAAAGAGUUGAUGGACCAGUUACUGAUACUC